UCUCUCUCUCCCUCUCCCUCUCUACUCUCUCUCUCUCUCUAACUCUCCCUCUCCCUCUCUCUCACUCACUCACUCACUCACUCAUACUCACACUCCAGUCGCCGGCACGCGGAACAUGGCGGAAGACGGGAGCUGCAGGCGUCGCGAGGAAUCUGACCGGUACCCGCGCGCGGGCGCCUUGCUGAGCGCGCAGAAGCGCCAGGCGCGCGUGACGGUGAAGUACAACCGAAAGGAGCUGCAGCGGCGGCUGAACGUCGAGACCUGGAUCGAGGACGCGCUCGAGGACCUGUACGCGGGAGCGGAGGACGAAAUGCCAGAGGAGAUCGAUAUUGACGACCUGUUGGUUCUCCAGAGUAAUGAGGAGCGAGCACAAAAGCUACAGGAGCUGCUGCAGACCUGCAGGAAUGACAUACAGGCGUUCGUCACUGAGCUGCUCCAGAAGCUGCAAGGCCUCCACAAGCAGGAGGAGCUUCAGAACAAGGGUGUCGGCCAUCCCUGUCUCCACAAUUACCCCCAUCAUCACGGCAAUGUCCAUCACCACGGCCACGCCCAUCACCAGCAUCAGCAUCAAACGCACCAGACAUUCUAGCCAUAUCCCACAAUGCACUGCGGCAGAGAGAGCACCUCCCACACAUGGACUCUCACACAUAGAUACCUGUGGUGUCACUACUGUCCCCAAGAAUUGUUGCUAACCAGCUUAAUUUGAUGGUUGAUAUGAUUCACUUACACUUUUUGUUGCUUAGUAACCAUGUAACUGUACAGAAGAUUUUCACGUAGGCCUACAGGUCACCGCGCACCGGAGGUGUCACGACAGAGAAUUAUCACUUCGUAAUGUCUUCUGGUUUCUCAAACACUAGGUGGAGCACCUGAGUCCAAAAUGAAUGGAUCAUUUGAGCAAAAUCUUAGUUUAUAGAUGCUUAAAACUUUUUCAUGUAAAAGGAAACAUUUUACCACCUGCUGUAAUGUUUCUAAGAGCUUUUAAACUCGAGUUAUAGGACGUCAGUGAGCGUGAACAGCUAAUGAGCUGCUCCGCUUGCCAACCAAUCAGCACUCAAUAGCAGCAAUGUCCACGUUCUGCCACCCAAAACCCAUUUGCUGUAGAAAAGAAGAAGCAUACAGCUGCUUUCUCUGCUUUUUUAGUGAAAUACAUCCUUCUACUCUCUAAAAUUAAAGGACAGUUCAGGGCAGUCCUGUUUUUGAUAUAAUGAAGGAAAUAGGAAGCGUCAUAGGGCUCCACUCAGCAUUCCGUUAGCAUUAUUACGUUAAAUUAAAGCCAAAUCGAGACCAUAAAAAGCAGCUUGAAAUUUACACAGAAAGGCUGUCAGUGUGUCAGAUAAACAGAUGCUAAGGGUCACCUAAUGUUACUAAUCUGGUCUUUUUCUCACCUCAGUAGCUUGAAAAUCGCGAGUUUGUGCAGAGGAAGUAAACUGAUGCCCAGAGUGGUGAUAAAUGUUGAAGCUUUUAUUUCAUUAAAUGUUCAUGAGUAAAAUUAACUAGAGGUUUAUCAACUCCGACUCUGCAUACGCUCUAUAGUAGCUUUCUGCCAGGUGAUGCUCUAAGCUAUGCAGCACAUCCAGUCCAUUCUGCGGUGGCAACAUUAAAAACAUUCGGCGAAAACUUCAAACCUGCUUAAUCCCCCCUCUUAUCCUGAAUGAAGUCGAUCAGCACGACAGGUUUGGUGUUUUGAGUUACCUAUUUUAGUUUUGCGUCAGAGCUAAAAGGCUAACGUAGCUAACACUUUCGCCCACUUUUAUAGACAAAUGCAUGUCACGCAGAGUCAGAAACCAUAUAAGAAGGCGCCUGAGUGGCAUGAAAAGAACCGGUGGAGCUUCACAGGUCUCAGAGGAAGCCUGUGCUAGCCUUUGCCCUCCUAGCGCUGGUGGUAUCGUGUGAUUGGGGAGUCGUAACUAGUGGCUGGAAUUGGAUGCGACUAAAUUGGGGAAAAUUCCAUAAAAAAAGAAACCAUGUGAGAAUGUUUCUGUAUGCCGCCGUUGGAAAUACGGUUAUUUUACCACAUCAGCAGAACUGCUGGAAUCCACAGUGGAACGUGACCAACAGCAGGAUGCAGACACGGAAGUGUUGCCAUGGUAAUAGCAUAACUGGACAGUGGCGUUCCUGCCCUUGUGGAGGGCCAUGUUGUUAUCCAUGAACUUAUCUUGAAAAAUGUUUUUGAACAUGCGCUGAUGUUUCUAAUAAUGCCGUACCGUUUGGGUUUGGGUUGAAUGUGACCGGCCUGGACUACUGUAAACAUCUGUGUUUGAGGCAGGUGUAGGUGUGCAGGUACGACCAUGCGGGCAGUACAAUACAGCACAACAUGGCAACCUGGUCGAGUGUGUGGCCAUCUCCCCCCGCAUAACAGAACCGUGAAAGCAGGCGGAGUUCUCUGUAGCUUGUGUGAUGACGUGAUUUCUCACGUGACUCCAGGAUCAACAGUAAACAAAAACAACAAUAGAUGAGCUUCAGGUUCUGAUGUACUGACUGCCUUCGGUUUCAUGUGGACUGCGUUUGACCAGUCAGUGGUUUGCACCACUGAUCCACCCACUUGAUUCCCUUGACAGUGGAAAUGUGACCGUAUGGCACUGUCCAUUACCUGUUAGCUACAUUAGCCUCGUAGCUCUGGUGCAAAACUGAAGAAGCCACUUCACACACCAAACGUUUCCCUGGUGGUCUGCAUUUGGGGUGAGCGGAAAACUGUAGAAAUUAGAUUUACUGCUGUGCUGAGAGUGGUCCAUCCCCGAAUACCAUCUGGUUAACAGCAGUCCCGUGGUCAGAGAGUGAACACUAAGCUAUAAGCUAUGCAGCAACAGGUGAGCUACAGUCUUACAAGAACCUGUACAAAAGUUCCAGAUUCAGAGCGAAGGAGUGGCCGUUAAGUGGCCUUUCUUUUGAUGACUUCACAAAACUGACCGUUCUACAUGACUUGUAAACAGUUAAGCUCACCAGGUACGAACGCUUUUCCACGUCACUGUUCUUACGUCACUAAACCCACAACAACAACAAUGUAGGUCAAUGUUGUAUUUAUGUAUUUUAAAACGAUAAUAAAGAUGUGAAUCAAGUGA